AUGAAAUAUUUAUUAAAAUUUUUAUUACACGUAUCAAUUUUUAUUAUAUUAUUAAUAUCCUCAACUAUAUCUAAAGAACCAACUCUAGAGGAAUUAGUGGAUCUUACUGCUUUAACCUAUUACACAGCUGAGUUAAAGAGAGUAUAUGUAUGCAAUGGUUAUUUAUUUUAUAAUGAAACAAAAGCAUUAUUAUAUCAAGAUAAAAUAUACGACGAUUAUAAAAAAAUUAAGAGCAAAUCUACACCAGAUGGAGGAUAUAAAAAUAAAUUUAAAAAAAUGAAAAAUAAAUAUAUAAUUGGAGAAAAAAGAGCAGGACAUUUUUAUGAAAUAAAUCCUUUUGUAGAAAAAUUUAGAGAAAAAGUAUGGGGUGAUUGUGGUGAUUGUUAUAAUAAAAUUACUAAUUCAGAUUUUAGAAGUAGAGUGUUGAAAGAAAUAAAUUUUUAUAGAAAACUACAUGGAGUACCCCCUGUUUCUUAUCAUUCAAAAUAUAAUAAUUAUGCUAAGGAAGAAGCAAAAAAUUUUUUAAAAACUCAAAAAAAUUCUAUUUGUGUUAAAGAAACUAAAUUUGGUUGCAUAUAUAUGGCACUGCCAGAUUCAUAUUCUCAUUUAAUUAUCAGUGCAUUAUAUGAAAAAUUAUUGGCAUAUUAUGACUGGAAAAAAAAUGUUUAUCAAUCUAAAUUAGAUCCAGCUAUACAAUUAAUUUGGAAAAAAGUAAAAUAUAUUGGAAUUGGUUUUGCAAAAGAAGAUUACAACAUUCAUGUAUUUUUAACAUUUUCGUCUAAAGUUAAAGAUGAUAAAGACUACAAAAAAAAUGUUUUUCCAGUCAAGUCAACAUUUAUUAAGAAGUAUGGAAAGUUACCAGCACCAACUAUUAUUACAAGUAAUGAAUGA